AGCCUCUGUUUAGAUCCGCCCCUCGCUCCUCGUAAGAUGAAACCAGUGAGGAAGUGAGUAAUUCGGCAGACGGCAAACAUGUCGGCUGCGCCGAUUCAACAAAGAGCCUUUGCUCAAAAACUCAACAAACAAGGAGCUGCUGAGGUCAGGAGGGCAGUGUCAUCUACAAUCUACUCGACCUCUGACCUCACGCGAUGUGCCAGUGGACUUAAUCUCACUGUGCCUCUGACAGAUGUAGUAGACCCCCCAGACUAUGAGGAGUUUGUCCUCCAAAAUUCCUGUACUGUGGAGAGGGAUCCUUUUAGGGACCUCAUUUUGUACCCAGAGGAUGAUGUCGAUGUUCACAGUGUCCCAAGGAAAUGUCGGACGGUCAAUCCCAUUGUGCCUGAGCUCGGGCCCGAUGCUGAUGAGUUUGUGUUUGACCUGGCCAGGCGGUACACGGCAGACUACACGGUGAUUACACGGCGGUAUCACAGAUACAGCUCUAGUGUAUGCAGCAAAGAGAAAUUAUGUGGAGAGGAAGAUACUUUCCUGCAGGAAUACGAAGUGGACAUCGAGGACGCACAGGAUGACGGGUCAGAGGAUGGCAUUAACAAAAGACAGUCCAUCCAUAUGAACUCUGUUCCGAGGGGAAGCUGGGCCAGCAGUAUCUUUGACUUGAAGUCUUCACAGGGUGAUCAACUCCUCCCACAUCUGUUUGACCAGGUUUCAUACGAACAAAUUGACACCGACAACAGAAAGUAUCGGCAGGAAAAUCGAGAGGACACGCUGUUCAGCCUGUUUCCAGGCGAGGAUGAGGAGGACUUGAUGGAGAGAAGAUCAUCUCCACCCAUCCCCCAAGAACAUUUUGGUCACAGAAUCAUUGUCAAGUGCCUUCAACUCAAAUUGGAGUUAGAGUUUGAACCACUAUUUGCUACAAUGGCCUUGUAUGAUGCUAGAGAGAAGAAAAAGAUAUCCGAGAACUUUUACUUUGAUGUGAAUCAAGACGAGCAGAAGAAGAUGAUUGUGAUGCACAUCCAGCACUCUGACGUGUCCACAAUGUCUCGAGCAGCCAGUUUCAGUAUCACGUAUCCCUCUCCCGAUGUUUUUCUUGUCAUUAGGCUUGAGAAGGUCUUGCAACAAGGUGACAUCGGGGAAUGUGCUGAACCCUACAUGAAAGAGGACAAGGCCAAGGAAGAUCGUCUGAAGUCUAAUGCUGCACAGUUCUGUGAUCGACUUGGAAAGUACAGAAUGCCGUUUGCUUGGACCGCCAUCUACUUAAUGAAUAUUGUUACUGGAGCUACAGGGGGCCAGGAUGCAGAUAAAUCUUGUGAGACUGAACCCUCUCGAUCUGCCAGUCUGGACAGGAGAUCGGUAUCCAGUAUCCCCGGUCAGUUUGACAGCUUCCGCCGGAGAAAUAAAGACGAAUUCUCUUCCACCCGACGGGGAUCAAUGGAGCGAGGUCGCAGUGAGAGGCGGGGGAUGUACUCUGGGGAUGAUUACGGCCCGAGUCUAGACAACUUCAGACCGGUCACUUUGACAGUGUCCAGUUUCUUCAAACAGGAGGGAGACAAGCUGAGUGAUGAAGAUCUCUAUAAAUUUCUGGCUGAUUUGAAACGACCAUCAAGCGUUCUCAAGAGGGUCAAAUGCAUCCCUGGGACCCUAAAGCUGGAUAUUUCUCCCUGUCCCGAGGAACCCCGGUACAUGCUCACCCCCGAAUUGUACAAGGUAGAGCCCUACCCUGAUGAGAAAACCCGACCCACACGGGAAAUCUUGGAAUUUCCAUCCAGAGAAAUUUACAAUCCCCACACAGCCUACAGGAAUCUGCUGUUUGUGUAUCCGAGAAGUCUGAACUUCAGUAACAGACAAGGUUCUGCCAGAAAUCUGGCUGUCAAAAUUCAGUUCAUGUCUGGAGAAGAGGAGGGUUGUGCCCUCAAGGCAAUAUUUGGGAAGUCUAACUGCCCAGAACUCUCGAGAGAAGCCUACACUUCUGUUACGUAUCAUAACAAGUCACCUGAUUUCUACGAAGAGAUCAAGAUAAAGCUCCCAGCUAAACUUACAGACUCACACCACCUGUUGUUUACCUUCUACCACAUCAGCUGCCAGACCAAGAAAAAUGAGUCGGGGCCAGUGGAGGUUCCUGUGGGCUAUACAUGGCUUCCUCUGUGUCGUGAAGGAAAAUUGAUGAUCGAUGAUUUCUCCAUCCCAGUGUCUGUGGACAAACUCCCUCCCAGCUACUCCAUACUGUUCCCUGAUACUAACCUGCCCAACAUGAAGUGGGUGGAUCACAAGGGAGUGUUUAAUGUCAGUCUGAAGUCGGUGUCCUCGGUCCAUACACAGGAUGAUAAGCUGGAGAAAUUCCUGUACAACUGUCGUAUGACACUGGAACAGAAGCUUCCUGUUCGGAAGACAGAGAUGCAGUUUGAGAAUGAUCUGAGACAAAGCAUACAGGAAGUUCCAAAGGCCAAGGGAGAGAACCUUGUCCAGUUCUUACCUCUUAUACUGGACAGACUACUGUAUCUGAUGGUCAGACCUCCAAUACUGAAUGGUCAGCAAGCUAACAUAGGACAGCCAGCUUUUGAGGGGAUCAUUCUGGUGGUCAAGAGAGUUCACGAGCUACUGGCGGACAAGAAUGACAGAAAUGGCCGGAACCUGACUCUUGCCUCUUACAUACAGUACUGCUGUAGUCUGCCACAUCCUGGCCCUCUGUACCACUGCUCCACGGAGCCCUCAUUAUUGGGAUAUAACACGCUUGGGCGCCCAUCAUCACUUCCUGUCUCAAACAAAGCCUUCCAGCGCAGCUCAAGUAACCCUGACCUUAAUGCACUCACACCCACCUCUCCUGACCAUGAAAUAUCAGCCAUUCUGGGAGGUACAAAGUACUUAGAUAGAACUGGCAGUAUGCGAGCUGAUGACUUUAACCAACCUCAGAUGGUUAAGAACAGAGGGAAAAAGCUUGUCCAUGAGGAACUUGUCCUGCAGUGGCUGGUCCUCAGUGGGCAGAACAGAGACCAUGCCUUCGCCCAUUCCUGGUUCCUGUUUGAGCUCAUCAUUAAGAGCAUGGCUGAACACCUGAACAAGACUCAGAAGCUGGAGACUCCGCGUCAGAUGAGAUUUAAUGACAAACCAUUUGUGGAGGACAUAGAGGCCUUGAUGAAUUUAGUCAACAAAGAAAUUACGGACAAGUACAUUAAGGAGCCACACAUUAUCCGCAGUCUGAACACCAGCUUGGCAUUCUUCCUUCAUGACCUUCUCAGCUUCAUGGAUAGAGGAUUUGUCUUCAAUCUCAUCGCCAACUACUGCGGAGCUAUUGCAGAGAAGAUCCAGAUUCUGUCGGAGUCCACCACUCUCAUGCUGCUAAGACUGGACUUUUUACGGAUUGUCUGCAGCCAUGAGCACUACUUUCCUCUCAACCUCCCGUUUGGAACCCCACUGACUCCAACAUCCGGCAAAGCAGUCAGUCCCACCCCCAGUAUCCAGAGUACCAACUCUAUGUCCUCCUACACGUCCACAUCCACUCUCACUGACCGUGGUCAGUUCUACGAACUCACACUGCAGUUCAGACAGCAGCACUUUUUGGUGGGACUUGUUCUGUCAGAUCUCAAGGUUGCACUCGAUACACAUAAUCCCAAUAUUCACCAAAAAGCCAUCAAUGUAAUUCGUAACCUUCUGUACAACCAUGACCUUGACCUGCGUUACAUGGACACGGAGAUGAAAGCUCGUCUAGCAGUUCUGUACAUGCCCAUCAUUGGGAUCGUGAUCGAGGCCCUCCCACAGCUCAGUGACCCUGGCCUUGACCUCCGGCGACACGCCUGUCCCGAGGAAGAGGAAGCAGACAAAAUUAGUCACAGUGUUGCCCUGGAAAUAGCGGGCGCCACAGUGUUUGCUGGAAGAGUUCAAGAAUAUCCUGGUGGUCUGGAUGAACCAAAGAGCAAAAAGAGCCCCCUGACUACCGAGUGCACGCGGAACCUGUUGAUCUGUUUCAUGUGGGUGAUUAAGAAUGCAGAUGAGACCGUUCUCCGUCAGUGGUGGAGCGAGCUUAACGUGAAUGUUCUUGCCCAGAUUCUCGACGUUUUAUACUUCUGUAUUUCAAACUUUGAAUACAAGCCGAAGUGGUUGAAGCCAUUUCGAUUAUCGGCACAUCUGGCUGAAACCUUGUUCGAUGCCCCCCGUCCUAAGAGUGCUAGUCUGCCUCGAUCAUACGAGCUAAUAUGGGAAGGUUUCCAGAGGAAAUCGCAGGACUUGCUUCAGCGCCAGAGAAGCAAAGAGGACACGCCACAGGGUAAGAAAAGCCUGGCCGCGUGCUCUAAGCAGACCAUACAGAAGAGUGUGGACAUGAAAUCUCGCCUGGAGGAAGCCAUACUGGGAAAUCUGAAUGCUCGCACUGAAAUGAUGAUGAGGCGACGACAGACUUCAUACAGUCAGAUAGCAGACGGUGGUGGUCAGAUGAACUCCCAAGGAGACAGCAGGCUGAGGUGGAGAAAAGAUCAAAUCAAUUACAAACCCUCAUUUGAUCAAGUAGAAAGUGUGAAGCCACGUGAUGUUGAAGCAGAUGCUCACACAGAGGGAAGUCUGGCUGCUGAGAUCAGCAUGGUAGUCCUAGACACUCUGGAACUAAUCAUUCAGAUUGCUAGGAACCUGGAGUACGUUCCACUACAGAGUCACGCCCUGCGUAUCCUACUACACAGCCUCAGUCUCAACCAGUCCACCGUCGUUCUCAAGAACAUGUUUGCUACACAGCGGGCCCUGGUCACUAGAUUUCUGGACAUGUUGUUUGUGGAGGAGACUGAACAGUGUGCUGAUCUCUGCCUGAGACUCCUGAGACACUGCAGCUCCUUGACCUCCCAGACCCGAUCCCAGGCCAGCGCCUCUCUCUACAUGCUGAUGAGGCAGAACUACGACCUAGAUAAUAACUUUGCACGAGUGAAGAUGCAGGUGACAAUGUCCCUCAGUAAACUGGUGGGGCAGAAUCAGAAUUUUAGCGAAGCUUCGCUACGUCGAUCACUGAAGACGAUUCUGACUUAUGCCGAGGAGGACACUGAUCUCGCGGAAACACCAUUCACUGAACAGGUGAAGGACCUGGUGUUCAACCUUCACAUGAUUCUGUCUGACACGGUGAAGAUGAAGGAAUUCCAAGAGGACCCAGAGAUGUUGUUAGAUCUCAUGUACCGCAUCGCCAAGGGUUACCAGAACUCCCCCGACCUCCGCCUUACCUGGCUGCAGAACAUGGCCAGCAAACACAGUGAGAGAAAUAACCAUGCUGAGGCUGCACACUGCCUGGUCCACGCUGCGGGUCUGAUAGCGGAGUAUCUCUACAUGAUAGAGGACAAGCCAUACCUACCUGUCGGUGCUGUAGACUUCCAGAAAAUCACGGUGAAUGUUCUGGAGGAGAGUGCUGUUUCGGAUGACGUCGUGUCUCCCGAGGAAGGAGUAUGUACGGGGAAAUACUUCACAGAGAGCGGACUGGUGGGCAUCCUAGAGGCUUCGGCCAUGGAGUUCCACAUGGCGGGGAUGUAUGAACACGUGAAUGAGGUGUACAAGGUGCUGAUUCCCAUCCACGAGUCUGCCAGAGAUUACAAGAAACUGAGUGCCAUACACAACAAACUGCACGACGCCUUCAACAACAUCACACGGCAGGAGGGGAAGAGGAUGUUUGGGACCUACUUUAGGGUCGGAUUCUACGGCCACAAGUUUGGAGACUUGGAUGGAGAUGAAUUUGUGUAUAAAGAACCACCCAUUACUAAACUCCCAGAGGUAGCACACAGACUGGAGAGUUUCUAUACUGACCGGUUUGGAGACGGCGUAGUCCACAUCGUCAAGGACUCCAACCCCGUGGACAGAGAAAACCUGGACUCAACCAAGGCCUAUAUCCAGAUUACGUACGUGGAGCCAUAUUUUGACCUGUACGAGUACCGAUCUAAAGUGACAUACUUUGAAAAAAACAACAACAUCAAGAGAUUUGUUUUUGCCACACCUUUUACGCAAGAUGGCCGUGCUCAUGGAGAGAUUCAUGAACAACACAAGAGAAAGACCAUCCUCACAACUAGCCAUACAUUUCCUUACGUGAAAACGAGGCUUCAGGUCAUCAGUCACGAUCAGGUCCUGUUGACUCCUAUUGAAGUUGCAAUAGAAGAUAUACAGAAAAAGACAAAAGAGCUGGCAGUGGCUCUUGGACAGGAACCACCUGACACCAAAAUACUUCAGAUGGUGUUACAAGGUUGUAUAGGCACCACUGUUAACCAGGGUCCUGUGGAAGUGGCAGUGGUGUUCCUUAAGGACAGCCCAGAGAACAAGACUCAAGAUGUUCGACACAGAAACAAACUUCGUCUCUCCUUCAAAGACUUCCUCAAGAAAUGCAGUGACGCUCUUCACAGAAAUAAAAGCCUGAUCUCCAGUGAUCAGAAGGAGUACCAGAGGGAGUUGGAGAGGAACUACCACAGUGUUCGGGACAAGCUCCUGCCAUACAUCUCGUCCAAUUUGGCCACACUCAGGUCAAAGCACCAUAGACGAACAAACAAAGAAUCUCCAAGUAAACACAAGUCAUCAGGAUCGUCUAAGACAUAGGGAAGAGGACCAAGCUAUAGAAAUGUCAGGACAUUGUCCUGGGAAAAUCUUCAGAUGAUUGUCAUGAAGAGGAUGUCAGGACAUUGUCCCGGGGAAAUCUUCAGUCCCAGGGAAAUCUUCAGAUGUCAGGACAUUGUCCCGGGGAAAUCUUCAGACAUCAGGACAUUGUCCCGGGGAAAUCUUCAAUCCCAGGGAAAUCUUAAGAUGUCAGGAUAUUGUCCCGGGGAAAUCUUCAGACAUCAGGACAUUGUCCUGGGGAAUCUUCAGACGUCAGGACAUUGUCCCGGGGAAAUCUUCAGACGAUUGUCAUGCAUUGUAAUAAUGUGUUGUCCUGUUUAACAUACAUGUAGUUGCUUCAGUAACAUAUUGGAUCUAGAACUCCAGAAUGUAUUAGUAGAUUGGAAAUGAUCUCUGUCACCCUAACCCAGAACUUAUUGGACCGAGAACUGCAGAACGAAUCAUUGUGUAUGUUAUCAUAGAUCUGAAAUUACUUCCCCAAUAUAUCAGUGCUUCGUGACAUAAAUUCAACUUCUGUACACAUUUGAUUCUAUAAUUUCAUGGAUAAGUGGAGGUCUGUUUCACAAUAGAUUAAAUGUCUUCACUGAUCUUCAACUAUGUUUGGUGAAUACACAACUUCCGAGAUAUCAGCUCUUCUGUGAUGGAGGUACGCUCAGUUUUCUGUUGAACAACUAGCUAUAUAAUAACGGAUAAAAGUAAUGAAAGUGUAAAUUUUGUUUAUACCAGCCGUUGGUAUACAUUAAACUGACCAUAUCAAGAAUAAUAUUUGUUUGAAUUAGGCCAUUGAAUUAAAUGUGAAAUAAUUUUUUAUUUCCUCUUUUGCAUGAGUGAUAUUUUAAUCAAAGAAAGAUGGUGAUUAUCGAUUUUUCUUUGAGCUAUUUUAUUAUCAAAUACUAAUAAACUUACUAAUAUUGUGUGUCCCUGCAGUUUGGGUGGUUGCAUGGUGUCUGAUAAUUGGCCUUUAAGCAAUAUAUGAAGGCAGCGAUAAGCAUUUGUACCCACCGCGUGUGGACGAUAGUAUGUUUUGCAUAUCACUGUGUGUAAGAGUUCUAAAAAGGGAACGAACUAUUGGGCAACUCGGAAAUUGCGUAUUACAUCUGCAUAUUCUCUCAUUGAAACAACUCAGAAUUUAUAUUCAAAGUCUGAAUAUUAUGUAAACAGAGGAAAAAUUACCUAGAAUUCGGAGGGAGUAUAAACAAGUUGUAAAAGUUUUUUUUAUCCAGAUACAAUUUGAUUUUUCAUCCAGAUACAAUUUUAUUGAACCGCGGAAACUUUGUCAUAUUUAAGAAUUACUUGAACAUUGACUGUAUUUAAGAAUUACUUGCACAGUGACUGUAUUUAAGAAUUACUUGAACAUUGACUGUAUUUAAGACUUGCUUGAAAAGGUGAAAAGUUAACUUGUUUCACCAGUAUUACAAGAUAAAGUGCAAUAUUGUUUUAUUUUUAAAUUGUGCAUAUUUAAUUUGUGCUUUUGUAUUGCAAAUUGUAUACAGAUACCUUUAAAUUAUCAUGAAUCAG